UUGGAGUCCGCGGCAAGGCUGGGUUUCCUCUGCACCGCUCCCCGGGGACGAGCAGCGCUCAGCCCGCAGCCGCGCUGGCCAUGGGGAGGAGCGCACGGCACCGCAUCUGGCUGACCCUCGCCUGCGUGUUUUCCUCCUGCUUUGCUGAAGCGGCCCUGGGGGUCGAACGCUCUCCAGACACGACGUCUUUCCACCAAGCGGCUACUUCUGCUCAGCCACUUUCCUUUUAUCAUUCCUCACCCCAUCAAAGCACCACAGCUCAUUUUAACAGCACAGGCCUUCUUCAAACAACACCCGUGAGCCACAGAACCACUGAGCAGACACCGGAGCAGCUCCAGGCAGCAUCGGCUCCAGGGCAGCCCGGGGCGGCCGGGGCAGGAGCAGGCACCGUGUCCACAGCGCCCACAGACAGCCCCAGCACGGCCGGGGUUACGGCUGCAGAGAGGAGCACAACCUCUGUGUCCUCCACCGGGCACGGCAGCACACCCACAGGGACUGCGGCAGCGGCCACCAGCACCUCCCUGGAGCAGGGGACACCGAGCACGGCGGGGACAGCCGCCACCAGCGCCCCUGCAGCCAGCGGCACGCACAGGGCCGGGCCCGGCACACGGGCACAGGGACAGACCACAGCCGUGAGCAGCACAGCGGCCACCCACACAGGGACACAGACAGCCCCCACAUCGUCCCCUGGCAGCACAGCGGCCACCCACACAGGGACACAGACAGCCCCCACAUCGUCCCCUGGCAGCACAGCGAAGCCCCGGCCCGCCCCGCAGCCCUCCGCCAUCCCCACAGGCACCUACAGCCUCUCCGGCGGGAACGGGACCUGCGUCAAAGCCGUCAUGGGCCUGCAGCUGAUGGCUCGAAAUGUAGAGCAGGAGCAGAUGGAAUAUGUGACUGUCAACCCUAAUGUGACAAAGAUAUCUGGGAGCUGUGGGAUGGUGCAGUCUGAGCUGAACUUAACUUUUAAUGGAGGAUUUGUAAACUUCACCUUUGUAAAGGAAGCUCCAAGUUACUCUGUCACUAAAAUUGAGAGCAGAAUACAGUUAUCCUCUGAAGGUAUGCUUUAUUAUGCAGCCCUAAAUGAGAAGCUGUUCACAACAAAGCUGGGGAAUUCCUUUAAGUGUGUCAGCAGGCAAAUCUUCCCCUUGGAGAGGAACUUCCAGAUCCUCUUUGUUGAUAUGCAGCUGCAGGCGUUUGACUUUGUGGGUAACCAGUUUGGAAAAGAAGAAGAAUGUUUUCCUGAUAGAAACAGCAAAGUAGCUCCCAUUGCAGUGAGCCUGAGUAUCCUGGGAUUGUUUGUCAUUGUGUUUGCCACCUUCCUGAUCUCCAGGAGGAAGCCACACAGAGGAUACGAACGCAUCUGAGGUGCCCUUGUGCUUCCAAAUGUGUGCAGCAAGCACAGAAGUCACAGGAGUUUUUGCUUCUGCCCAGCAAUCUCCCUGUCCUGAAGCCACAUUUUUAAGUGAGAUGACACCAUGUGUUUUCAGCUAAUGAAUGUUUCUAGAAGGAAUUUCUUUAAUGUGGGGAGGAGAGAACUCACACCUUCUCCUUUAGGCUAUUCUCAGCAUCUAAUUUAGAUGUAGUCCAAAGUGAGGAGCCUAAAUUUUCUCUGUUAUCAACAAAGGAGGUAAUUCAGAUCACCUAAGACAGAUUCCUAAAAAUAGCUUAAAGCAAGCAGUAUCACUAUCCCUCAGAAAAUCCUUUAGGUUUGUUAAUGAUGGGGUUUAGAUUUAUCAAAAGAUGUAAGUCUGACCUUCAGGUGAGUAAACCAGAGGCCACAGCUCCAGACAGCCCUGCUAACUGAGAGCUCACUGAAAGCUUUUUCAGAACACGACGUGUGCCAAAAUCUCAGGGGAAGUGUCCAGUGUGUCUCCACUCACAAGUAAGUUCUCCCCAGUCCUACAACACAGUUACUCUUCCUAAGUGCCUGGGGUUCUCCCACUAAGCAAAGACACGGUGGUAAUUGUGACUCUUACCCUGGAGCUUGAUACAUUCCUGGUCUUGUGAGAGCUCAGGAUGCACUGCUCAGACAUGGACCCAUCACAGUAACCACAUGAGCCCAGGAAAUGUCCUCUGCUGGGGCAACAGGGUGGUCACUUAAUCCAGAAAGAUGCCACACUCACUGGGAAUGCCUGGGAUUCAGUGACCACCACUGGGCACCUGCACGAGGUCCAUGAGAAAUGGAAGUCCACUGAUGAUGUAUGAUCAGGACUUCUGUGGGAAAUAAAAGCUUGCACAGGCUUUGGACAAACUCUGCCCAAAAGUGAGUAUUCUCCAGCGUGCUCACUGCUGAGCAGCUGGGUUUUCAUAAGGAAAUCAUUUGGAGUUGCUUUAAAGCAACUCCACUGAUAUACUUUGUAGUCUAUUUCCUGCUAAACCAAUGAUGAAGGCAUGAGAACAGUAAUUGCUUUUGAGAUUUAAGUCCAGUUGUGUUCUUUUGUUGUAACAAGGAAAAGCUCCUUGUCACAAAAGAUUUACAUGCACAGAAAUGUGCACAUACACACACAGGCACAUGUGCACGUGCCACACAGUCUGCUCUCUGAAGCAAGUGACAUCAAGGUGAUAAGAAAUUAUGUACAGAAACAUUUGCCAAAGAGAAAAUAAUAUUCACUAAGAGCACACUUCCUCCAAGGAGUUAGGCUAAUGGCUGAAAUUUUACUAAUAGAAGUUUGACCUGGAAAAGGACUGUGGAAUGGCACUCAUUAAACAAAAGAAAGAUUGAAGUCAUACACAAAAAUGCCUUGACAGUUUAAUCUGUAUCUAAACAAAAUGGAAAUGCUGGGAGCCAAUUUAAUUUCUAUGAAUAAUGGCCAAAAUCCUGUUAUUAAUGGUAAUGGAACCUCACUGGAUUUUCACUGGAUAAAAUUGAUGGUUAUGUCUUGUCAGAUAUUCCUUUAAGUAUUUUAAAAAUAGUUUUGAUAUUUUACUAGAAUUUCACCAUUGCAAGUUUACUUAUUUAAAUGAAGAAAGAAAAGACAUUCUUCCAUUCUAUGAAUUAAUUAGAGAUGUGUGUCUGUGUGAACCAGGAAACAUGGUUAUACUGCUCUAUAAUCAGUAUAAUAUGUAGCUGUGGAAGUAAUUAGCAUUCUCUAGAAAUGUUCCCUUUGAGUCUGAAUGAACCAAUAAAUAAGAAAGAUAAAGACAAUUUUGAAGCCCUUUUACACUUGGAGAAACAUCAGAACCAGCUGUGAGCACAGCAACAGCUGAAUACAUUUAUAAGGUAAAACAGCACAAGAAAUAGGAUACCAAACUUUCAAGCCUUGAAUACAGACACAGUGAUUUGGACUGUAUUCAGUUGAAUACUCAAAUUGAAAUGUAAGUAUUUCAAUUAUUCUUUUGCAAAGGGCUCCAGCACUGUUCAUAAUGCUUAGUGAGCUUUACUGAGUUCAUUUUCCUUUCCUCCUUCCCCCCUUAGCAGACAAGAAGCCACUGGACUCAGACCCUGGGCCUCUAAUUCUCAGGGUUAUUUAAUACUAAGAAUCUGUCGUUUAGAAAGAAAAUUUUUGUACUCAAUUAAAGCAUUCACCUUUUUUUUUUUUAAAUGAGAUGUCUGGGAGGAAAGGUAAAUAGAUGAAGAGCUUCUGUUUGAAAAUGAGCCUGUGCCUGCAUAGGGAUGUCACUGUCCCAGUCUGCUACACGUGGACAUUUUAACAGCAAAAGCUGCCUAAAAAGCUCAGCACAUGGUCUGGCCCUAAGCUGUUCUGGCCAGGGAUCAAUAGACAUCUUUCCCUUGUCAAAGCUGAGUCCCAUUUCACAUGUUCUUUGGACUGUUGGAUUGUGUGAUCUGUGUUACUUCUGCUGACAUGGAUAUAGCAUUUGCCUAUUCUGUUCUGAAAGAUUGCUUUAUGUUAAUAUUCAGUCUUUUAAAAAAGUCUGAUGAGGACAGAACAGAGUUACUAAUGACUGCAAAUUCUGUGGUUAAUAUUGUGACACCUGGUAUUUUUACUAAUGAUGCAUGAAUAAUAUUUUUCCCCACAGUUUUUAUCUUUCUACAGUGAAUCAACCUUUCGAUAUUGAACAAUGUUUGGAUUCAGAUUUACCUGAUUUGUUAUGCUUUUUCUGGCUAGUUUUUGUUUGCUAUUUUUCUGAAGCUGCAUUCUGCCAUUUGUACUCUGGGCUUGCUCUAACUGGCACGUGGUGCAAACCAAUGAAAUAAUUGGAUGCUCCCAGGACCUGCUGCCAACAUUGCUGCAGCAAAAUUAAUCCAAUGCAGUUAGUGCUUUACAGCAGAAGUGUGUCCAUUGGAGAAAUCCUUACUGCAUCAGGAGAUCCCAGCCUUGAAGCGCAGCCUUUCUCCCAGCUGUGGCCCAGCCUCCAUCCUGGCACCUCCACCCCAAUCCCAAAACCCAACCAGCCUGCAGCAGGGAUGUGUGUCAGCAUAGCAGGGAGUGUUGCCUCUCCAAAUUUGAUGCUGAAUUAGAAUCAGACAGCCCAGCUGCUCCCUGAGCUGCUGUGUGCAGGUCUAAAAGCUGAACGCACGUGUUUAUUUUCUGCCAGAUUUAGGAAUAUAUUUAGCUGGUACUUUUUUAUCUAACAGAGUGGGUUUGAGGUCUCCAUCCCACUGGGAAGACUUUAUAGGGGUAAUUAGUCUCGGUGUUGCCAGACUUGCUCUUUUAAACAUCUUGUCCGAGGAAAUAACUUGAGCAAAAAGUCCCUAAAAGAACACCAUACAAAAGGAGGAUAUUUGAUGAUCUGCUUGCAUACUAGGGGAGUCAUAACAGCCAUACCAUGGGGCAGCAGGGCAGUUUUGUCUGCUGUGGGAGGAGAUGAGGCUGCAUCUGGGUCCCAGAGUGACUCAGCAGCCCCAGCUCCCUUCUUGCCCCAGCUGCAGACUCAGACCAACCCAGCCCUGAACCAGAAGGUGCUGAUCAGGGUGAUGUGAUGCACUGAUGAUGUGGUGCAUUGAUGAUGUGAUGCAUCCACCAGGGAAGCAAAGCUUGGCUUCUGUGCAAGCAUGUGCUGAUCAGGAGGCCAUGGAGCCAUCACAGGGACAAGGAGGUCAGCACAUCCCUGCAUCCCCACAUCCCUGUGGCCCCUGGUGCUCUGCUGCAGCUCCCAUGCCCUGCCUCUUGCUGGGGUCUCUUGCACACCCAAGACAGAAUGAGGGCAUCCCAGAAGCACAAUGAUGUCACACUUGGACAAGUCACUGAGUUUAAAAAGUAAGGUCUAAUUUCUUUCAGUCCUUUUUGUUCUCUGAUGAACAAGUGCAAAUUAAGAAACAGCUGUUAAUUCAGUUGGAAGAGGAAGAGAAAUUAGAUUGGCAUCUUGAAUAUAUGAACAUGGCUUGGCUUAUCACUUCUAUCUUGCUAUAAUGUAUGGCUGCUAAAAAUAACUUACUAUGAGAAGAUACGCUCUUUAUUUUUCUAUUGUUGGUGUUCCCAUAAUAAAGGUUGUAUUUAAUCUUUA